GGUAUGUUGGUUUAGUGAUUCUGUAGUUUAGUUUGCGUUUCAAUUGCAGAGUGAAUAAUUGUUUGGUGUCUGAAUAAUUUUUUCUGAGAACCCGAUGACGGUAACCGGUGGUGACUAUCCAACCGAAAACGUAUAUUUUCUGACCAUUUUUGUACGACAAUUCAAAAAGUCUGACACCUGAUUUGCAUCGUUUUCAUUUUUAAACCAGUGGAUCAAGUAGGAGAGUUUAUUUACUAAAAAGACGCGAUAAACAAGAGAAUGAUCGUGUGUUUUGCAACAAAUAUUUCAAAUGUAAAAUAUUUAAAUUUAAUUGUUUUUCAUGCAAUAUACCCAUAAGAAAAAAAUAAAAACAAUCAUAGGGUAUACAUAAUUCUGUCGGACACUAUAUGUACAUAUGUACUAGCAUAUGUCAGCAAUUCACAUAUAUAUUCACACGUUUAUACAAGCGAAUUCGAUAAUUUAUGCAAGAUCAGCAAGGCAUUUUUCUGUUCGAAACAAAUGAGAUCUAUACACUAGUAUACAUACGUUUUAAGCCGAAUCCGAAGGAAAUAGUACAUUUGGUCAAAGCGUAAAAUUAUUGAAUACUAAUGUAUCACAAGUACAAAUAAAUUAGUGUGAACGAAUAUGAAUAAAUCUUUGGGAGUACAGGAAUGUAGUUAUCGUUCGCAUCUUCAGCAUUAAAUACAAAAUUUACAGCUAUGAAUGGGACGGAGUGUGAAAAUAUGGUAACAUCCUUGAAAUUGUCGGAUCCAACGAAUAUAAUUUCGUUAGCCAUACUUUUAUUUAUCAUACUCUUGGUAAUUGCCGGAAAUUCUCUAGUUAUAGCUGCUGUAUUCUGUUCAAACAAGUUACGUAGUGUUACGAAUUACUUAAUAGUUAAUUUAGCUGUUGCAGAUUUAUUGGUAGGUUUGGCUGUUCUCCCAUUCUCGGCAAUAUGGGAAGUUUUUAAGAUAUGGAUAUUCGGUGAUAUCUGGUGUCGAAUGUGGCUUGCUGUGGAUGUAUGGAUGUGCACUGCAUCCAUAUUGAACUUAUGCGCAAUAUCUCUGGAUAGAUAUGUAGCCGUUACCCGUCCAGUGGCUUAUCCUAGUAUAAUGUCAACAAAACGGGCUAAAUCAUUGAUCGCUGGAGUUUGGGUGCUUUCAUUUGUGAUAUGUUUUCCCCCGCUUGUUGGUUGGAAGGAUCAGAAGUCAAUAAUACAAUCAGUACACAAACGAGAAAAUUACACCCGUUUCUACACUACAACUGUUGUAUCUGUUCAACGUAGUAGGCAAAUGAAGCAGUUACGAUACGAAUACAAUCGGACACACAUGUCAAUAGAUGCGAUGUCUGACAUAUUAAUGCCAGCUACUGAGGGGUUUAAUUACCAAGAUCCAGCUCAAGUGUCUUUAGAGAGUGGCGAAUAUACCGAGAGUUCAAAAUUUGUGUAUGAAAAGUCAUUUUGUGCCUCAAAGUGUGAAUUGACAAAUGAUCGAGGUUAUGUGCUAUACUCGGCGUUGGGAUCCUUCUACAUCCCAAUGUUUGUGAUGCUCUUUUUUUACUGGCGCAUAUAUAAAGCAGCAGUGAGAACUACGCGAGCAAUAAAACAGGGCUUCAAGACCACGAAGGGUUCUAAAUGUAUUGGUUCACGUUUCGAAGAAAAACGAUUAACAUUACGAAUUCAUCGUGGACGCGGUUCGAACCAACACGAUUCAACCUACAGUAGUGGCAGCACCCAAAGCACCACCACUACAUUGGGCACUCCAUCACCAGAGCGUCUUUCAAAAUAUACCACUCGCCGGACUCAUAAUCCCGAUAAAAUUAAAAUAUCCGUGUCAUAUGCGUCCAGUGAAACUAUUAAUGAAUUGACUGCUGGUGAGUCGACAGUUUCUGUUGAAAACCGUCCUUUCAACAGUGGCAGCACCCUUUAUGCGGUGCACUACAAUUCAGUCAGCGGCAGCGAAACGACCGAGUCACAACUCUUUCCCCAACAGCAAAGCAAUAAUUGCUAUUUACAAGUUGACAAGUGUACAACAGACAUUGAGCGUCGUCAAUCAAACUCCAGUGAUAUAACUCAUCAGCAUGGAACGGCAUUUGUGCAGCAACAUCAAUCACAUCGAAACAAAAAAAUCGGGCGAAGGAAUCUCAAAACGCAAGUAAAACGUUUUCGAACAGAAACUAAAGCUACAAAAACUCUUGCUAUAAUUGUUGGUCUCUUCAUUUUCUGCUGGCUGCCAUUUUUUACAAUUUAUAUUAUUCGCGCCUUCUGUCAGGAUUGCAUAGAUCCAAUACUUUUCUCCAUACUUUUUUGGCUUGGUUACUGUAACUCCGCGAUCAACCCGAUGAUUUAUGCGCUGUUUUCUAAAGAUUUUCGUUCUGCAUUUAAGGUUAUUAUUUGUCAUUGCUCUUUUUCUCAAGAAAUCAAUUCAUUAAAAAGUUCUCGGCGGGGCAGUGAUAUUUCGGCUGGACGCUUUCGUGAUCGAACACCUAGCAUAACUCCGAGUGCACUAAAGUUUCAUUCGCUAGGUGAAGAAAGUGAAAUACAUCGUCCAGAACUAAUUAACGACUAUAGGUGACAAUCUUCUCGGUCUGUUUCCUAAUUUUCAGAAUAAUAUGUAGUUUCACGAAAGCAGUUAGUAUGUUUCUCUUUCGAUAGUUUGCAGGAGAACAAAAUUAUUAUGCAUCAUAUUCUUAAAUGGAUAAUUAUGUGAAUUCUGUGAAGCCUUUACUUUACAUGAUCCCAAAGUAUUUGCAAAGUGUGAACGAGAUUUAUUUUUAGUACAAAUCAAAAUAAUUUAGGAAACGUAAAUUUGUGUAAAUAAAGUAAUUUAUAGAGUACAUUCAAAAUCACACUUCUUCUGCAUGUAAGGUAGUAUAAAAAUAGAAAUACAGUGGAACUUCUCUAACUCGAAUCACAAAAAAACUUCGAGUUAGAGAGACGUAUACCCAGAUUUAUUCAUUUACUUCGCAUAAAGUUUCAUACAUAUACAUGUAUUCUGUAAUUCAGAUUGUUGCAGUUUGCUAUUAUUUGGCUCUUGACUAUGUAUCGCAUGCCUUUGUUACAUGAUUUAUGCAAUUCAUAAGUGUAAUAUUAUAGUUCGCGUUAAAGAAGUUUGAGUUAUGGAAGGAAACGCUAUAGCCAAUUCAAAAGUUCGAGUUAUGGUAGUUCCACUGUACUAUGAUUUGGGUAAGAGAUUUGACUGAGAGUUUUAUAUAAACUAAUAUUUUUUAUUUUAUAAAUUAACAAGAAUGAUAUGGCAAUUGAAAAAAUAAAUUUAAUUUUGUAUUAUAAUAAUAAUACGAUGAUGUAAUUUGUUACAAAAAGUUGUUAUAAAAGAGUUUUUUACUUUAGGAUAUUUAUUUAACGGUUAUUUUUCGUAUAUCAGCAAAACACCUCAAUAAAAAAUCAGUAAUUCAAAUAAAGCUUAUAGUAUAAAUCCUGCAUUUUCUAUUGCUACUCCAUAUUAAAUAAGUUUAAAUAAUUUACACGUUACAAGUUUCUUAUUUCAAGUUUUGAAAAUGUUUCAGUCUAUAUAGAAUCAAAUGUGGUCGUCUGUACAAACUACAUACAUGCAUACAUACAUAAGUAUAUAAUAUUUGUUAGUUAUUCCAGCCGAGUUACAAGUAAAUACAUACUUAUGUACUACUUUCUUCAUAAACAUUACAUAAGUAGUUUAUUUUAUCCCAUUUUUGUACUAUUUUGAAAUUAGAAUUACAAUAACCAUAACUCACUUACCAACUAACAAUUUAUUUUUCAUUCAUCAUGUACAGAAUAUUAAGUUCAAACAAGUAAAUGUAUUUCAUUUAUAUUAUAUAUACAUAUGUGGAAUGGUGUAUUUCACUUUAUUUUAGUUAUUGAAAAUGAUUAUAAUGAUUUAAAUGAUGAUAAAUACAAAUGAUUUAUAUUUGAAUGUUAAUGAAUUAUAAUACUUUAAAUGAUUUGAAUAUGAAUUAAAACGAGUUAUUCAUUAAGAAAACUGGCUGCUUCACGUCGUAUACAUCUUACUCACGCUCGCCGUCUUCAACUACUACUAUUCAACGUCAUCUUCUUCUUCUGUGCUGCCAGAUCGAACCAUUCCCACAUAUAUAAAGAUUAUGAUGGAAAAAAAUGUGCCGUGCGAAUGUGUUAAAUAUUUCAUUAAAAAAGCUAUAAAUUAUGUUUGGGAGAAAUUCAUAUCAACGCACAAUGUUGUACAAUCAAAAAAAUUUGAAUAUUGCCUCACAAUUCGCUUAAAUCGGCGUUUGAAUCGUUGCCCGGAAUAAUUACUUCCAUGCGUGGCUCGGCCACUAGUACAUAUAUAAAAAUGUCAUAUCACGUUGUUUGUCCGGGAUUCACAUCUAAACUACAGAACAGAUUUUAAUAAAAUUUUGCCCACUUGUGCAGUUUGCUCCAACUUGAUGGAAUUUAUAUUUAAAAUUUAAGUCGCAAUAUCCAUACAGUGAAACUUCUUUAAUUCAAAUCAUCAUAAUCCACAAAAAACAUCGAGUUACAGAGACUUUGAGUUAUCGAAUUUUCAAUUAAUUCUCACCAAAAUAUUCUUGAAAAUUCCAAUUAAAUACGGUAAAUUCACAAUACACUACGCCAGCAUGCUUGUGCAAUCAGAAAUAUAUCAAAAUCGUUUUGGUUUUGCUCCAGCAGAUUGUGCGAUAAGUGAUUGCGCCAGCAUGCUGGUAUAGUGUAUUGGGCGCUUUACCUGUUUCGUAUACCUAGGCACCAACAUCAACACCAAUAAUGUCAGCCUUGAAAUCCAACGCAGAAUCACUCUUGCCAACAGGUGAUACUAUGUACUGGGUCGGCGAAUAUCACAGGGGAUGUCAUAAUGAUCUGUAUGUGUUAUUCGACGACAUUGACAUAGUUCAGCGAAUAAAAAGACAGCGGCUACGCUGGCUAGGUCUUGUUGUUGGAAUGGACGAAAGUGCUCCAGCUCUGAAAGUGUUCGAUACAGUACCCGCUGGUGGAAGCCGAGGAAGACUUCCACUCCGUUGGAAGGACCAGGUGGAGAAGAACCUGGCUUCACUUGGUAUUACCAAUUGGCGCCAAACUGCCAAAAGGAGAAACAUUCGUUUACAUUCGAACUUAGCCCUUCCUUACUUGGUUAUUUACAGUUUACCUACUUGUGUCAAUAUUAAUGCAAAAACUUUAAAUAUCUAACUAAGAAAGAGAUCUAAGUAAGAAAAAAUAAAUUUGUCUUCAACUCUGAAAAAAUGUGAUAACAAACUGCAAUAUAUGUACAUAUAUGCUUUCGUGAUGUUUAGUUACAAAAUUAUUUUCAUAUCAUUCUUCUUGGCCUGGAAAUUAAGUACCGUGGCACAAUGUCUUCGAUUGAGUUCUCGAUGCAAAAUUCUUCAAAACCAAGAGUUAAAGCGAAUUUGUAUCAGCAGUUAUCCCGGAGAUGCGUUGAUUAAAUAUAAGGAUGAAAUGGUUAAUCCCAAGGAAA